AAUCGUUCCUGCGUCGCUGUCUGCAAGUCUCCAGCCAAUGUUGUUCCGGUGCCCCCCUCCCGAAUUAGUCGUCGGGGAAGGAACCUGAACGGUAAAUGGCAACUCAAUCCGGAUGUCCUGACACCUCCGCGCCUUCCAUUGUUGGGAAGGAGAUACUCGAACUUGAGAUAGAUCAAAAGCCUGCGAAGGACGGCCAAAAUGGCUUCACUGUUUACUCCUGUUCUUCUUCACGACGAACCGCAGCUUGUCGAUCUCCUAGUUCCCUGACUCAACCUCAUUAUUUUGAUAUAUCUUUGUUUCCACCGGUCUUCUCAGCUCUGGAUAUUGAACGUCGAGCUUUACAAUCACCUUUUCCUAAGCAGUCCUGAAUCAUUUUCGACGCAGUACUUAGCUACCAUUCGAGCGUGGCGGAAUUUCCCCGAACGCCCCGGCAUCCCAUGAGUAUGCCGCAACUCAGGCGGUGUAGGGAGUUACACGGCAACCCGAAGUCGGCAUGCCGUAACAAGAACAAGGCACGUCGAUAUCUGGUCGGCAAGUUUACCAAGGCCCUUGCUUUUUCCCUAUCACUUUUCAAUGGACGAGCCGCCGCCUUCCACUUCGCCCCAAGUGACGUCCCCGUGAACUCAACGACUAAUGUUACGACGGUCGACCCGCAAAAUGACAGCACCCCGAUCCAGUUGACGGUUGUAAACAGCUGUGGGGAGUCGAUAUGGCCGGGCAUCGUAACUCAGAACGGCAUUGCGCCCGCAGCCGGUGGUUAUAAGUUGACGCCGGGCACUAGCAGAAUGAUGUUCGUCAGCGCAGACUGGGCAGGGCGGAUAUGGGGGAGGACAAACUGCUCGUUCAACAGCGACGGCAGCGGGCCGAGCACCUUCAACGGUGUAAACGGGCAUGGGGCCGCCUGUUUGACCGGGGACUGCCUCGGGAAACUGAACUACGAAUUCGCCGGCCAAGUCCCCACCACCCUCGCCGAAUUCACCCUCCAAGGCGGCGAUGCCAACGACCAAACGUUCUACGACAUCUCCCUCGUCGACGGCUACAACCUCCCACUCGCCAUCAUCUACCACCCAGCCCCAAACACAACCUGGAUCCCGCCCAACCUGACCAACUGUGCCUGCAUCGCCUCAGCGGGUUACCUGACCCCCUCAUCCUCAACAUCCAUCCACCCCUCUCCGGACCCCGCCGCCCUCAACACCAACAACACCUACCCAAUGCCGUACGAGCCGCUCCAGACCAACAGCACAAUCCAGACCUGGUGCCCCCUGUACCUCCAACAAUCCCCGCCGCACAACAAACCCGAAGAAGAGGAACCACAAGAACCAAUCGAACCAGGCACAUCCCCAUCCCCAAACAGCACCACCACCACCACCACCACUACCCCACCCCCAACCUUCCACCCUUGCCUCUCCCCCUGCAGCGCCACGCGCGACCCAGCCGCCUGCUGCACGGGCCCUUACAGCACACCAGAGACGUGCUCCCCAACCCUGUACGCGCGGCGCGCCAAGCGUGUCUGCCCGGACGCCUACAGCUUCGCCUACGACGACCGCGCCAGCACCUUUGUCGUGCCCGCCGGCGGCGGCUGGGAGGUGCGUUUCUGCCCGCGCGGGCGGAGUACGGAUAUCUUGCGUGCGUUUGGGGACGAGGUGAGGGCGGUUGGGGCGGGGAGGGGGUUGAGUGAGGAGGGGUGGGGGAGGAUUUCCUAG